UUCACAGCCUGAUAUGAUCAAACACAAAGAUGCUUUAACACUCAGAUAACUCAGUAGAGAGAUAAGAUAGAUAUACAGUAUAAAUACAAGUCUCAUCAUUGGUAUAAUUAUUCACAGAAUGUCAGUGUAUGUGACUGCUGGUGGAUUUUAGGGGAGUUUGGUGAAGAGGUUGAAGGGUUGUAUGUGUUCACCGACACCAUUGUUGAUUAUUUUAAAACCACACAGGAAGCAGGCCUCCUCUUAAACUUCCUGUUAACAGCUACUGACUGACUUGCAGAAUGUUUGGAGCACUCAGUAACUAAAAACAUAACAGUUUUACUACAUUUAGGGACUAAAGAAUAAUACAUAGUACAAUGAGGUAACAUUAAUAAUUUUAGUGGUAAUUAAGUCCAUAUUAUGGGAUCAAGAUCAACACAAGGAAGUGCACCUCUGUUAUCUUCACAUCGUUUAACACAUAGAAGCCACAGCGCUUCACUUCCUUUACUGGCAGCAGCACAUUAAUCUCAUAGCACAUAUGACAUACUCGAGUAAAGAAGUGCAUCGGUACAGUUGUGUUCUCAGUGUUUUAGUGAAGAGUUAGGAUUUCAGAAAUGUUUCAUUUAUGCAUGGAAGAGAUGAAGGGAGCUGACGAGGAGGAUGUGACGGUGGUCAUCUAUACAACCACAGACGAUUUUGGAGGCACAGACACUGAGACUGAGGACUUCAACACAAAGAGUCAUCAACAAAUUCAACACAUAGGAGGAGAGACUACAAGAAUCAGAUGUUACAGACUGACUGCAGUGUGUUUGCUCCUGCUGUGUGUUCUCCUGCUGACUGCCAUCACAGUGCUGUGGAUCAAAUUCAACAUCCUUAGUUCAGAAAAAGCAAAGUUGGAGACCAGUCACAACAACCUGACUAUAGAGAGAGACCAGUUACAGACCAGAUACAACACCCUGACUAAAGAGAGAGACCAGUUACAGAGCAGUUACAACACCCUGACUAAAGAGAGAGACCAGUUACAGACCAGUUACAACACCCUGACUAAAGAGAGAGACCAGUUACAGAGGGAGAGAGAGGAACUCGAGAGGUUUUCUAAUAAACUGGGAUGGAUAUAUUUCAGCUCGAGUUUUUACUUAAUGUCUAAUGAAGGUAAGACCUGGACUGAGAGCAGACAGGACUGCAGAGGGAGAGGAGCAGACCUGGUGAUCAUAAACAACAAAGAGGAACAGGAGUUUAUCAGUAAAUUGCUGUGCAGCAGAAAAGCUUGGAUUGGUCUGAAUGAUAGAGACAAAGAGGAAGAGUGGAAGUGGGUGGAUGAUACAGGACAGAGCACUGGGUAUUGGGGACGUGGCGAACCCAACAGUAAAGCAGGAGAUGAGGACUGUGUUCUAACAGGUGACAGGUCUGAUCCCGUCUGGAACUGGGCUGAUUAUCCCUGUGAUGAUAAGUUUAUUUGGAUCUGUGAGAAGACAAUCUUUAACUGAAAUGCUGUAUGGACAUGAAAAUCAAUCAAUUUACAAGGUUAUCUGUGUAGAUCUGUGCGCUGUGUCUGAAAAAUUCUCAUUACUGUUUUUAACUCUGUAACCUGCAUGGUGUUGCUUGUUUUUCUUUGGGAGCCUAUUUUCCUAUUCAGGUUUGUUUCAGAAAAUGAAUAAAGUGUCCGUGUCCCACAAUUAAUUCCUUGCUUGGAUCAAGUAGCUGCCUUUUAUCUAUGAAUGAGUGUUGCAAAGCAUUUGUUGAGAUUUUUCUGAAAGUUUUUCAUAAUUUUAUUUAAGCGUAAGCAUUAUGAUAGCAGCAUAAAUAUAUCAUGGUGAUGAGGUACUGUCUUACUGAGAAACAUAUCAGAUCCUCUGAUUCUCUCCAUCAGGUAUUGGGGACAUGGCGAACCCAACGGUAAAUUAUCUGAAGACUGUGUUCUAACAGGUGACAGGUCUGAUCCUGUCUGGAACUGGGCUGAUUAUCCCUGUGAUGAUAAGUUUAUUUGGAUCUGUGAGAAGAAAAUCUUUAACUGAAAUGCUGUAUGUAUAUGAAAAGCAAUGAAUUCAAUUUACAAUGUUAUCUGUGUAGAUCUAUGCGCUGUGUCUGAAAAAUCCUCAUUACUAUUUUUUACUAACCUUCAGGGUGUUGCUUGUUUUUCUUUGGGAGCCUCCCUGUGUCCCAAGGAUAGUUCGGAUAAGCGAUACAGACAAUGAAAAAAGAUUUAUCUACAUGAACACUAUAACUAGCUUGGAGCAGAGUGUUAUAUAGCUAUGCUGCUAAAGUGUGCUCAAAUUCCCAUGCAUUACGUUAUGACAACAACUAGGGUCUUUGUGGCAUAUUAUAGCAUACAGACACCUCAUAUAUAAAAUUCUUAGUAGUUAGAGUUCCCCUCAUGGUUUUGUAACAAGCCAACCAGACACACACACACACACACAAAACCAAAAAGCUUGUGAGGGAACAACUGUUUAUAACUACUGUAUAUACUUAUAUUUAUAUAUAAUGUACUUGAUUAAGGGAGCAGAAAGAAAUAAGAUAAAGAAAUAAGAAAUAAGAAAACUUAUUGUGGAUGUUCCACAUGUAUGUGUAACCAUACAUGAAAAAAAUUAUAGGAUAAAAUAAGAUAUAACAUACUCAUUUAUUCGUUACAACGGCUAAAGACUGUAUUUUCACAGUGUCAGUUUCACACCCACAGUGAUCACUCUUGUACCCAGUUGCAUGUACAAGAAAAUACAACAGGAAAUAGAGUUUGAACAUAACAGCAAUAUAUACAGUCCCUUAGGCCAUGUUCUUUCAAACAUCCACUCUGAAUAUAGUUUUUGACAAUUAUAUAUUGGUGGAAGUUUGUUUAUAAGGACUGAUAUCUAGAGCAGUGAAAGAUCAGGAUUACUGUAAAGUGAAGAAUGGAGAUAAGUGAGGAGAUUUAUGCAAAUGCAGAAGUUGUAGCAAACAAUAGAGCUGAUUCCAGUGACCGCGAGCAAUCAUAAGAAGAUGUUUAUGUGAAUAUAUAUGUAUACAUGUAUAUAUUAAUGUAUAUGUAUAUUGCAUGUGUGUUAUGUUGAGAUAUGUUGUUUUAUGAGUGUCUUAUUCAUGACGUGAAACUUUCCA